AUGAACAGCGGGAAGUUAUUGGUUAACUCCAAUUUUUUUUUAGUUAAUAGUAACUUGUUGAAAAAAAAUUACAACAAUUACAAACCGCCGAAAAAUCCGAUUGUUUUAUGUCAUGGGUUUUCAGGAUUUGACAAAAUUUUAUUGCUACCUAGCUUGCCAUUCAUAGCAGAUAAAUUAAGUAAUAGGUUUGAAAAUAAAAUCCACAAAAUCAGUGAUGAUCUCACGAAAAACAAUAUAUAUUUUCAUUAUUGGAGGGGCAUAAAAGAGAUAUUGGAAGCAAAUGGAUCGAAAGUCAUCACAGCUUCGGUUCCUCCUUUUGAUAGUAUUGAAGAUCGAGCCAAAAAACUCAAUAAUUCUAUUGAAAAUUACAUUGAUAACGACCCAUAUUUUGAAAAGUACAAAAAUAGCGAUAAGAGUCCAGGUCAGUUGAAGUUCAAUCUAAUCGCCCAUUCAAUGGGCGGGUUAGAUUCAAGAUACUUGAUUUCCAAGAUAGAUAAGAAAAGAUAUGGCAUCUCAUCGUUGACCACUAUCUCGACUCCCCAUCAUGGCAGCGAGUUUGCAGACUUCUUGAGCAACUUGUUGCAAACAUAUAAGAUUCCCCAGCAAGUGGUACCCCCCAGUCUCAGCCAACUAACCACCUCGUAUCUCAACGAGCAGUUCAACAAGAGUGUUGUGAACGAUCCGUCGGUGAGCUACUACAGCUAUGGAGCCCAGUUCACUCCAACCUAUCGUAAUCUCUUCAACAUCCCCUGGAGGGUCGUGAACAAAGCUGCCGGCGACAACGACGGAUUGGUAUGUAUCUUGCAAAUUGUGCGCUUGGAAAUGGCUGAAACAUCUGAGUUCCUUAUAAGACCAAUUGAGAGAGAAGACAAAGACCAAUGGGUCCAGUUGUGGUCUGGCAAAACAGACAGCUACUUGACUUUCUAUCAAAAAUCGGUUCCUCCUGAUGUUACUGACUAUACUUUUGAGAGGUUUUUGGACGAAUCGGUUACAAUGUGGUGUGCUGUUGCUGUCUCUAAAAAGACAAAUAAAGUCAUUGGUUUUAUUUCUUACUUGACCCAUUUGAGCACCUGGUCUCCAACAACUUACAUGUACAUCAACGAUUUGUAUGUUUCUGAAAAGAAUAGGCUUGGUGGUGUUGGGAGAAAAUUAUUUGAAUACACCUAUAAGCAGGCUGACUUGAAGAACUGUACUAAAGUUUAUUGGUCUACUCAAUUGAAUAACCACAGAGCCCAGCUUUUAUAUACUAAAGUUGGCACCUUUGAAGGUUAUGUAAGAUAUUCAAGAAAUCCUGAUUAUGAAUUUGAAUCAUAA